AUGAAGUUCUUAGUUGUCUUAGCUCUCGCUGUAGCAAUGGCCACAGCCACACCAGUCUACGAGAAGAUCGCCUUCAUCGAGGACUUGCCUGAGUCGCCCGUUUUGGAAGGACGCAUCACCAAUGGAGAUUACGCUUGGGAUGGCUUGGCACCCUAUCAGGCUGGUCUACUUUUGCAGAAGUCGCAAGGCAAUUAUUGGUGUGGUGGCUCAUUGAUUGGCCAAAAUUGGGUGUUGACCGCAGCUCACUGCACUGAUGGCACCCACACCGUCACCGUCUACUUGGGUAGCGUUGUUCGUUCUAAUGGUGAUCAAUAUGCUACGACAGUCCACUCCCAGGACAUCCAUCAGCACUCCAAUUACAACUCCAAUACUCUGGAUAACGAUGUUGCUCUCAUCUGGAUUCACUCUGUCUCCUACUCUGGCAACAUUCAAGCCAUCAGACUGCCAUCUUUCAACUACUACAGCAACUAUGAAGGUCAGUGGGCUACCGCAUCUGGCUGGGGCGGCACUUCGGGCAACAACCAAGAUCAUUUGCAGUACGUGAGUGUUCGUGUGAUCUCCAACAGCGAAUGUGCUGGUGUCUAUGGCAGCAGCACUGUUACCGAUAACACCAUUUGUGUCGCUACUGAUGGCGGUCGCUCAACUUGCGGCGGUGACUCCGGUGGUCCUUUGGCUGUGGACAACAACCAAGUGUUGAUUGGUGUAACUUCUUUCGUUGCUGCUAACGGUUGCACCGCUGGUCUGCCUGCUGGUUUCCAACGUGUCAGCCGUCACUUGGACUGGAUACGUGGAGUCACCGGUAUAGCUUACUACUAAGUUUUUUG